CACCCAGCUACCAGCAUUCUCAACGUCCACUCAGUCAGCGAUCAGCCAGAAUACGUCCAAGCAUACUGUUCUCCUUCAAGCUAGACAGUAUAAGAUAGCUUCAACCUCCGGACGCUUGUCGGAACCGAAAUCAGCAUAUAAACAAACAUACCGCUUUCAGCCAUGAACACCACCACAACGGCAGACCCGUCGCCCGUAUUACCGCUGAUUGGAGUCCUGACCUCGACGCUGGUCAAGGUUCAGAACGGGUUCCAUUCCAUUCCUGGAUCCCCUAUCUUGAUCCGAUACAUCAAGAGUUCCUACCAGAAUGAUCCUUACCGGUCGCUCCUCGAGCUAUUCCUCGUAGUCUUCGCUUUGAGGACCAUCUUCAGUCGCCGUACUCGAGGCGAAGGGCAGUCGCGUAACUUCGUGGAAUUGACGGAAAAAGAAAUUGAUGAACUCGUCGACGACUGGCAACCGAUGCCUUUGGUAGAUGGUCCGACUACCAAGUUCGAACAUACGAUCCUACCCUCUCUGCCAGUGAUCUCUGGACCCGCUUCACACAAACCGAAACUAGCGGCCACUGGCAAGACCGUCCUCAAUCUCGCCAGCCCUAAUUGGGUUGGUUUGUUGGAGGAUGAGAGAAUCAAAGAGGUUGCCAUCGGUACGCUGAGAGGAUACGGCCUUUCGCCAUGUGGACCACCUGGUUUCUACGGUACCUUGGACGUUCACACUCAGCUCGAAAACGACAUUGCUCGCUUCCUCGGGAUCGACUCGGUCAUCGUCUACUCGCAAUCGUUCUCCACCAUCACUUCAGUCAUUCCUGCAUUCGCCAAACGAGGAGAUGUCGUCGUGGCCGACAAAUCGGUCAACUUUGCCAUCCAGAAGGGUCUUCAGAUCUCUCGAUGCACGGUCAAGUGGUACGAGCACAACGAUAUGGCUGAUCUGGAGAGGCAGUUGAAGGCUGUAGAGAAGGAGGCCAAGAGGAAGGGUGGACCUUUGAAGCGACGAUUCAUCGUUUCAGAAGGCGUCUUUGAAAACAAUGGAGCCAUGAUAGAUCUGGCGAAAGUGGUUGAGCUCAAGAAGAAGUACAAGUUCCGUCUUAUACUGGACGAGAGUUAUUCGUUCGGUAUGGUCGGCAAGCAUGGGAAGGGAGUCACCGAAGUCUUUGGCGUUCCGGCUACCGAGAUCGACCUUUUGGUAGGAUCGAUGGCAGUCGGACUGAACGCAGGUGGCGGGUUCUGUGCUGGCAUGGAACACGUCACUCAUCAUCAGCGUAUCAACGGAGCAGCCUUUGUCUUCUCUGCUGCUAUGCCAGGGCUUUUGGCCACCACUGCUUCCGCUGCCAUCAACAUCAUGCAAACUUCACCUCAAAUUUACAGUCAGCUCGCCGAAAACAUCCGAACUUUUCGACAAGGACUCGCCAAACUCGAGGGCGUGACAAUCUACAUCCCUUCGAAUCAUCAAUCGGCCUUGAUUCACGUGUACAUGCUGUCACCACCCGAGUCGAUCGAGCUGGAGGAGCGCCUGCUCCAAGACGUUGUCGACGACGCCCUCGGUCAAGGUGUCUUGAUCUGCCGCGCCGCACGUCUGCGUGGACAGGAAGUGUUUGAACCGGCGCCCAGUCUCAAGAUCAUGAUUUCCGCAGCGUUCACGAAGAAGGAGACGGAGAAGAUGGCCAACACCGUCCGCAACAGUUUGACCAAAGUCUUGGGCAAGAAGCGAUGACGAUAGAUUGUGGCAGGAGCGAAUGUUUAGCAAUACACGACCGGAUUCCGGUUCUGCGUACUGCUCAAUACCCCUUGCGCCAGGGCCUCUACUGAGAGACUUUCGCCUUGUACACGACCUGUGUUUCUGCUAUUUACUUACAAUUAUAAUUCUUUCUGUCUGUCUCCUUUCGUCUCCCGGGCAGCCUUCUUUGAGCGCUGCGGAUACAUGCUGCACACACGAUGAUCCCGUGAUCCAUUUUCGA